ACCGCGAAUCCUCAAAAUCCCCAAUCUCCAUUUCCCCGCUCUAACCCUAGCUAGACACAGACCGCCCGUGCGGUGCGGUGCGGCUGCGGUUGCGGCGGGAGAGGAGCCUCCGCCGGCGAAGCGAGGUCGCGCGACUCGCGUGCUCGAGGGAGGGGAGAGGAGGCGAGGUGGUCUUUGGUUCUCGGCGGCGUGCAGUUCGACGCGGUGGCGAAGGAUUCGGUACCUAGGUUUCCCCGGGAGACUACAUUUUGCUUACUAUGGCUUCUGAGGAAAUCAAAUCAAAGAAGCAAAGAAAUGAUGAAUGCAUUAUAAACUGUCUCCCAGAGGACCUCAUUGAGCGGAUAUUUUUGAGGCUUCCAGUGAGCACUUUGUUGAGGUGCGUCAGUGUCUGCAAGCACUGGCACAACUUCAUCCGUGAUCCACAGUUUGUCGUAUCACACCUUCAGUGUGCGCCCCGAGAUGUCCUUCUGUUCUUCCAGCAAGAGUCGAUCUCAGGCGAGCCCUACCAUAGUGAUGCUAUCCUAAUUGAUGAAGCCUGGUCGCCAUCGACAUGCGCAGUGCCAGUGAUUGGGCCUGAUGAUUUCCUUUUUGGUUCAUGCAAUGGACUCCUUGGCUUAUACACAAAGGCAUCAACUAUCAAGAUAGCUAACCUUGCAACUGGUGAAUGUCUACAUCUUGAGAAACCUGCGAAGAAUGUGAAGGGUGAUCACUUCUCUUUCUACAGCUUUGGAUUUCAUCCUGUGACAAAAGAAUACAAGAUUACACACUUCCUUGGUGAUUGUGUUGAGGGUCGCCCCCAUAAUAAAGACAGGUUCAGCACCAUUCAAGUUUACACGCUUGGUGAUGAGAAAUGGAAACAUAUCCGAACUCCAGAAGCUCUUAGCUUGAUCAGUGUAAGAAACUCUGGAGUUAUCAAUGUUGAUGGCAAAAUGUAUUGGUUGACUGAAGAAAUGUUAGCUAGCUGGCAGCAUGCAGUUAUGUCCUUUGAUCUCAGGGAAGAAAGUUUUGCAAUGAUUCAACUGCCUGCAGCACGUGAAGAUCAUUAUUAUUUUGGUCCUCGCAAGUUCUGGAUCAGAGAUAUAGAUGGGAAAAUAUGUAUAGUAACUGCUCAAAUAAGUCGUUAUGGUCCCAAAGCUCUUGCUGGUGAGUUGCAGAUCUGGACACUCGACGACACGGUAGAGCAACAAAGGUGGAGCCAGAAAUACAAUAUUAAGAACCCACCAAAUUACAUUCCAGGUCCACAUUUUGUUCACAGGGAUAGGAUCCUCGCACAACUUUGCAGCGAUAACGUAUAUGCGUAUGAGUUGUUCGGCGAGAACUUUGAUGUUAACCUGUGUAAGGGGGUAAACCUGUUAGAUUUCAGCCCCCGCAAGCCGUACAACAUGCAAUCCUACAUAUGUGUGAAGUCACUUGUCCAUUUAGAUGUAUACAAGAAGGCUGGCAUUGUACGUAGACCAAAACAGUGGGAAGGCUGGCAGUUGAAGAAGUGGGAGACAUGGAAGCGUAGGCUUAGCAAGUUAGCGGAUUUGCAGUGCCGGAUGCACAAAUUUGAGACCACUUACUUGAAGUCGCAGAAACAAUGGGGAAAAGGUGCCAGUUUUUGAAGGAUAAGCAACAUAACAUAGCAGAACAUGUACUCACGGAACUCAAACAGGUGUUGCAGCACAAACCAGAUAAUCCAGAUCAGCUAAGGUCCAUCAGGAGGCUUAAUUGGGUGGAGUACAGUCAGGCCCAGCGGAAGUUAGAGGUUCGUUUAAGUAAGACGGAAGACAUGAUCAAGGUUGUGCAGCAGGCACAGGAUAUGUUGGAUCAGGAUGCGUCAGUUGGUGGCGCCUCUUCCAGUGACGGUCCUGACAAGGAGGAACAAGGGAGCCUUCAGCAUUAAACCUGGCUUUCCUGGGGCAGUUCUUACUAAUUGUCUCUGUUCCGUCCUGAGAGAUUCUGCAAGUUCUACAAGGAGAUUCUUGCUCCCUUGGAUUGGACGUGCGCAACCAUUGUCCGCGCGCCGAUUCGGCCUCUUGCUCCAUCAGUUGCUUGUCAUUGCAUUGCAAUUCAAGUUUGUGGUUUCUACAAAUGUCGAGGGCACAAUGCUGCUUGGCCCUUAGAGAUCCGACUGGAACAUUGCUCCUUACCUCGAACAGAAAGAGUGGUUCAUUUUAUGAAUAGAUUUUAAGCA